GCGUCCGUGUUCUUGCAUGUGUGAGUGUGAUUUAGACUCUGUGGUCUGUCUCCGGGUUGUCGUUUCAAUUCUCACAGACGAACUGAAGUUCCUCCUCCGCCGAGCGUCAGUCUGCUGUUGACACACCGAGCUGCUGGAUGUCCAGGCUGCAGGUCGACUGCAGCCAUGAGUCGGCGGCGUGUUUCGGUCAAAGACCUGGGUGUGGUGGACUGUGAGGGCUGGCUUCAGCGCAGGAAGGAGGGCCGCAGCUUCCUGGGAAGCAAAUGGAAGAAAUACUGGUUUGUCCUGAAGAAGAACUCUUUGUACUGGUACAACAACAAGAUGGCGGAGAAAGCUGAAGGAUUCAUCAACCUGUCCGGCUUCACCAUCGAACCGGCCAAACAGUGCAGGAAGAAACACGCCAUCACAGCCACUCAUCCACUGGUUGUGACCAUUUUCAUCGCUGCAGAGAGUUUCAAGGAGAUGAACAAGUGGAUCAGUAAACUGUCAGAAGCUGCUGAGCCGUGUGAAGUGAUCAACACUGAAGAGUGCUACAGCGAGGGCAGCGAUCAGGACGCUGACGAGUGUGUGUCGACUUGUUCUCUGGACUCUGAACAGGAAACAGCUGAUUGUGAAAACGGAGACGUCCUCCAGCCUCUCUCUGAGUCCUCGCCCUCCAUCCCUCCCUCGACGGUCACCAUGGAGACGGACAGAGCUGCCGCAGCAGUGUCCGUCCCUCUGAUCCAUGUCGGAGACAAAGAAGAGGAGGAUGCGGUCCAUGAGAAGCCGCCUGACGAGCUGGAGAGUCUGUACCGUCACCUGAGGGCAGCCAGCUUGUCUCCGAUGGGACGGUCCAGUCAGAGGGACUUCAGGACGUCCUUCAUCAGACGAUGUAAGAACGACAAAGUCAACGAGAAGCUUCACCUGCUCCGGAUCCUCAGGAGCACGUUAAAGGCCAAAGAGUUGGAGCUGGCGGCGGUGGAGCAGAUCCUGAACGACCCGGCUCUCACGGCGCCCACGUACAGGAAGUGGAGACUCUCCAACCUCGUCCUGCUGCAGGAGAUCGGUCAGCACGGCCGGGCGGCGGCGGCAGCAGCAGCAGGGGGCGCUGCAGAGCUGAGCUGCUGACAGGUUUCUGAACACAGACUCAGGACUCACUCACACCAAAGAGACAUGUGAUAAACACUGUUUCUGUUUAAUCUGUUCGCUCUGAACGUUUCAUCCUCCUGAGACCAAGUGAAGCUGAGACCAAGCAAAGGUGCUGAACAUGUCGUUGAUCACUUUCUUUAUUAUCCAAGUGUUUUAAAGGUUAGAGCUCCAGUUUGUCGCCUCAUCCACUCAUGAUCACUGUUGUUUUUUAAAAUAUCCAAACACACAAUUUGCUUCUUUAAAUUGACGUUAAGUAUAAAACAGUGAUUAGAACAGAGCUCGUGGAUUCAGUCUUUCAGCAGCUUCCCGCUCACUGGCAUCGAGUCACAGGAGUAAAAGCAGGAAUAAAUAAAAGGAUAAAUAAGUAAAUACAAACAUUUGGAAAUAUAAUGACAAAUAAAUUAAAAAAUACUUUGUCUCCCUUGAAGGCAAGAGAGUAAAAACAAGUGUCUUAAUAUUUCCACAUUUUCUAUUUACUUGUUUCUUCCUGCUUUUAUUUCCUUUAUUCUUUUCUAUGUCUCUCCUGAGGUUCACACUACGACCUCAGACCAGCGAGUCUCAUUCAGACUCUGGACACAGAUUCAGGUUUCAAACUGAGCGGGAAAGUUUGGACGUCAGACUGAAGGAACCUUUAAUGUCAGAGGAGUCUGUUGGUGUCAGAACUGAACUGUGGGAAAUGAAUGAAUGAAUAUGUCAUCGUGGAGUGAUGAGGCCACAGAUUCAGGACCAGAUUCAUAGGACUUUAGUCUUUCGUGAUGCUGCCACCUACUAAGUCCUGAUUGGUUCCAUGCACAUUAGCCCCACCCCUAACCAAGUCACUAUGUGUUGUCAUGGAAACAUUGUGUCCUACAGCCUGCUGGGAGUUUACGAACAAACAGGAGUCUGAGUUUACUGCAGGAACACUGAGCAGCUCCUCUGCUCAUGGUUUCAACUCGUUUUCAAAUGUUCUACAUGAUGGAAUCUAAUGUGUUUGUUUAAUUAAUGUUAUUCCUUUGUAUUUUAUAGUUUUGUUGUAUUUCUGCAGUAAACACUCACAGCUUGUU